UACAUGAAUCACUUUUCUUUUCUCUCAAGUGCUGAGAGCAGUGAAACGCGUUUAUUCAGUGAGUAAAUACACGUAGCGUCGUAUAUAUCGACAUUUCAUAAGAUUAGUGCUGGUGUGUGAACUUAUAUGAAUAGUUUGUGUUUUGUAGAGGAUAUUUUAUUGAUUCUACGAUGAAGCUCGCGAUAUUAGGAUCCACGGGUCCUUCAGGGAUACAACUGGUCAAGGAAGCGUUACAACGGGGCCAUGACGUAACAGCCAUCGUACGUAACCCAGAUAAACUGACGGAAAAACACGACAAGUUAAAGGUUGUGAAGGCAAAUAUUUUUGACUCGGACUCACUGGAGCCGCACUUCCAAGGUCAAGAUGCUGUGCUGUCGUGUCUAGGUUGUGGUCCAAGUUGGUUUAGUCUUUGGACUGUAACCUUCUAUACCGACUCUGCAAAACCCAUCGUGACAGCUCUUAGAAGAGCCAACGUAAAACGAUUCAUUUUCAUGGCUGCUUGGUAUACUAAGUAUAGCAGCACAGACCCAUUUAUGAUAACCUGGGUCAUUAAGCCUAUAUUUCUAGGUCAGGUCCUUAAAAACAUGGGAGAAAUGGAAGACUAUAUGGAAGUAGAAUGCCCGGAUAUUGAAUAUACGUCCGUCCGUCCACCUCAGCUCACUAACACAGAAACUACAGGUGCCACAGUUUUAUUUCACGAAGGACAGCGGGUGCCAUCAGAGAAACGUCUUGUCUGCUGCAGACGUGACGCGGCAAGGUUCAUGUUGGACGCUGCUGAAAGUGGUAACUUUAAACGGAAAUGUAUAGCCAUAGCAUCCGGAUGAAAAAACUGAACAACGGGCUUAUGAUAGAAGAAAUAAUAGGGCAUUAAAAGGAAUAAUUCAACAUAAAAAGAGGACAACGAUGUUUCAUUCAAAAGCGGAAUUACUACUGUACUGGAAAUAAUUAUUAACCGACAGAUUGAAAACUUAUUAAAAGAAGAUAUGAAUAACAAUAAAUCUGCCAGAAGCGAACAGUGAUUUACACAUCCUGCGUGUAACACAAUGUAUUUAUGAAACAUUCCGCCGACAUUCUGAGUUCCAUCGACAUGUUGUGUGAUUGAUAAAAAGCUGUUCUUUUAAUGAUUUAUAAAAUAUUGCCUAGGAUACACUACGAAAUUUAAGAUCUAUAUUUAUAUUGAUAAGAAUAGCACAAGUUUGACGCUUGAUCAAAUCUUACGAAGGUGUGCAGCUUUAUCGAUUGAUUACAUGGAUUAACAUAAUAUUAUAAACUAUUCAACUAUUAUGAAUUUAUGUUUAAUAAAUAUAACUUAAUAAAUGUUUUAAAAUUAUAA